AAAAAGUCAAUUUAAACUAAUAAAAAAAUGUCAAUUAAAUUAUUCUCGUUAUUAUUUUUUAUUGUAUUUUUCACAUUACAAGUUAAUGCAAAUAAUGAUAAUAAUAAUUUAUUUGUAAAUUUUGGUAACGACGAUGACUAUACAGCUGUAAAACAGUCGAGAAAUUUUACCGGAAAAGUAGUUUUGGUGACGGGAUCGAGCAGUGGUAUUGGUGAGGGUAUUGUCAAAUUGUUUGCCGUUUUGGGCGCCAAAGUGGUAAUCACUGGCAGAAAUGCUACCGAAAUAGACAAAGUAGCCAAAGAAGUGGAAACUCUUUCGCCUUAUAAACUAAAACCAUUGAAAGUUAAGGCAGACUUAACGAAAACUGUUGAAUUGGAAACACUGUUGAAUGAGACGAUUAAAGCUUAUGGAAAGUUAGAUGUUUUAGUGAAUAAUGCGGGCAUCGGCUCUAUGGCCACUAUCAGGGAUAAAGAUUUUAUGAAAAACUAUGACAAUAUAUUUAAUACAGAUUUGAGAGCAGUUGUAUUGCUUAAUCAUUUAGCAUAUCCUUAUUUGGAGGCAACUAACGGCACGAGUAUUCAAAUAUCGAGUAUUGCAUCAUUAGCUCCGAAUAAUUUUGGUUUAGACUAUGCAAUGGCCAAACAUGCUAUGGAUAUGAUGACACGGGUUCUGGCAUUAGAAAUGGGACCAAAAGUUAGAGUCAACACUAUUAAUCCCGGUGCAAUUUUGACAGACGGUUUUCGUGAUAGUACUGUACCAAUAGUUGUCAAAUUGCGUGAAUUGGCCAAAAAUAAUGCACCACUAAAACGGUUGGGCACACCACUGGAAAUUGCCCGGGGUGUUGUAUUCCUGGCCUCGACUGAUGCCCAGUUUAUUACCGGUGCAAAUCUGGUCAUUGAUGGCGGUCUAUCCUAUAAUUAUCCUGGUAUUAUUACCAUAUUUUACAAUCUAGAAAAUGAUGACUACAAGGAUAUACUAAAGUCACGUAAUUUUACCGACAAAGUAGUUUUGGUGACCGGUUCGAGCACCGGUAUUGGUGAAGGUAUUGUCAAAUUGUUUGCAGUUUUGGGCGCAAAAGUGGUUAUCACGGGUAGAAAAGAGGCUGAAAUUCGGAAAGUGGCUCAAGAGGUCCAACAAUUAUCGCCGUAUAAACUAAAACCAUUGGAAGUGGUGGCAGAUCUUACCAAAAGUGAUGAAUUACUGAAACUAAUCAACAAAACAGUUGACACUUUUGGUCGAUUGGAUGUGUUGGUCAACAAUGCCGGCAUAUAUCCUAACACUUCAAUUAGUGAUCCCAAGUUUAUGCAAACCUUUGAUCAGGUAUUUAAUAUUGAUUUCAGAGCUGUUGUGCAGACCAUACACAUGGCUGUCCCCUAUCUGGAGAAGACAAACGGCACAAUUAUCAGUAUAUCCAGUAUUGCUGGUAUACAUCCGUCAUUUCCAAUGCUGGCCUAUUCAUCAGCUAAAGCAGCGAUGGAUAUGAUGACACAAGUGUUGGCACUUGAAUUGGGACCUAAAGGCAUACGAGUCAAUACAAUUAAUCCUGGCGUAACACUUGUGCCCAACAUAGACAUAACAGAUCCAUAUGUUAAGAUAUUGCUGGCAAAAGUCGUAAAGAUAACACCAUUGAGACGUAUAGGUGUUCCCAUUGAUAUUGCUAAAGGAGUGGUGUUUUUGGCCUCCAGUGACGCCUCAUUCAUAACGGGUGCCAAUCUAGUCAUUGAUGGUGGAGUUGCAGAGUUGACGGCUAUAACUAAAAAGAAAUUGCAUUUAUGUGUUGUCAAUUGUGCUCAAUGUAAGACAAUGUAUGGACAAUAUUUUAAAGGCCAACAAUGCGCUGAAAGUUGCUAUAAAAAUACAGCUUUACUGGUUUCAGGUGAACUACCGGUGCCCGACUGUAACUCACCGUUCACUAUAUUUCAAUAUUUACAAAAAAUUGAAGAUAAUAAUAACGAUAAUGGUAAUAAUCUGUAA